UAGAGAAAUUAUAGGCACAGGCCCAAAGUCAUUUGAACUAUUGUACGCUAUAUCAAGAGACGGAUGUUACGCAACAACUUUUCACGAGAAAUGUGACAAGCAGGGACCCACUGUGACAGUUCUUUAUAAUAACAAGGGCUCUGUGUAUGGUGGAUACAACCCGUCAAACUGGAACUCUAGUAGUGGUGAAUAUAUUUCAAGUAAUGAGGCAUUUCUCUUCCAGUUAUACUUUAGCGGGAAAGAGAAAGCAAUGAAAUUUCCUGUGAAACAAGAUAAAACUUGGUAUGCAACAAACAGCAAUUUAUCUUACGGUCCAACAUUCGGUGGUAGGUAUGAUCUUCAUACAUUCAACGGAACAGUAAAUACGAAUAGCUUCGGAAAAUUCUUCCCUUUGAAUGGAUCUGCAAAGUUUGGACAUAGCUACGAUAUGCAGGGUGUUCAUGCUGAUGACAUCAACAAUGGAAACCUCAAUGUUAUUGAAUUGGAAGUAUAUAAAGUAACAUUAAGGAAGCCAUGGCGUAGUCACGACAACUGGGAUACAAAGGAGUUUGAAAGGCUUAAGGGGGCGAUACUUGCAUUUACGCCGAUUCCUGACCUUUCAAUUAGCAAAGUUCGUGUUGCAAUGAUAGGUCCAGUGGGUGCUGGGAAAUCCAGCUUUUUCAACACAAUUGAUUCCAUAUUCCAUGAACGCAUAACAUGGAGGGCGUGUAGUAGUAGCGCUGAACAUAGUGUAACUGCUGGGUACGUACCUUACACCAUUAGACCUAACUCGGGUGGCUCUCCAAAUUUCAUCCUGUGCGACAUGCCUGGCCUAGAGGAAUCGGUCGGUCCUGAUGUAAACGACUGUUGUCACAUUCUUGAUGGACAUAUUCAAGAUUUUCAUCUGUUUAACCAGGAAAAGGAAUUGACGCCUAAAGCUGAUAAAUCUAAAGUUGAACCAACUAAAAAUAGGAUCCACUGUGUUAUAUUUGUACUUGACGCUACAACACUUGAUACUGUUUCAGAGAAAGUCAUUGAAAAGAUGAAACAAUUUCAAAGGUUAAUGAACGAAAGAGAAAUUCCUCAACUCAUUGUACUGACAAAAAUAGACAAAAUCUGCAAUGACGUGGAGAGGGAUUUUUCAUUUACCUACAAGAGCUGGGCUGUAGAAGAGCAUGUUAAAAAAGCCUCACAACUUCUGGGCCUGUCUCAAACUAAAGUAUUUCCGGUUAAGAACUACAAGGAGGAGACAAAACUUGAUAACAAUGUCAACAUACUUGCAUUGUUGGCUUUGAGUCGCAUUUUAGAAUCUGUAGAAGACUAUAUGCUCAACCUACUGGAUCGACAAGUAUUUGGCCAAAUUGACUUAAAGAAAAACCAAGCUACUCCAUUAUAGACCGCUUGGUUAGAACAAAAAGAGAAACAAUACAUGUACAUGUCAUUCCAUGUAAAUUGAUAAACAUUUGAGCUGCGUCACGAUAAAACCAACAUAGUGCGUUUGCGACCAGCAUGGAUCCAGACCAGCCUGCGCAUCCGCGCAGUCUGAUCAGGAUCCAUGCUGUUCGCUAUCAGUUUCUCUACUUGUAAUAGGGUUUGUAAGCGAACAGCAUGGAUCCUGAUUAGACUGCGCGGAUGCGCAGACUGGUCUGGAUCCAUGCUGGUCGCAAACCCAUUAUGUUGGUUUUGUCGUGACGCGGCUCAUUUAAUUUCUGAAUAUAAGGAUAAUAGCCACACAAAUUUGAUAGAAAUACCAUACGUGUUUAAAUAGUUAUAUCAUUUCAUAUGCUACAUUUUAUGAUAACCAAAUAAUAUCAUUUUUAGAAGACAUGCGCUGCAAAAGUCGUAUAUUCCUGGGCUGGACUUAUUUGUGUAUUUAAUGCUUUAAUACAUCUACUGAAGACUUAGUCAUGCUCAAUUAAUGUUAUUGUUUUAAACAAGAACUUGUGGCGUAAUUAUCAUUCACAUUGCUUAUUAUUCACACAAACUAUUUUCUUAGAUAGCAGCUAGAUAGAAAUAUUUGUUCAAAGUUUAUUUUUCGUAUUAAUUUCUUAUUAAUUCAGAAGAGAACUCGAUUC